AAAUUUGUCAGUUUUUUAUAAAUUUUUAUAGCGAAAUCAGACAAAAAUACAAAAAAUUCAAUAAAAAUUUCAAAUUAUCAAAAAUUGGAAAAUACAAUUGAGAAACAUUAAAAAGCGUCACGUUUUGCAAGUAUUUGCCGACAUUGUCUGCAAUUCUGCCUAAUGUCUGUAUUACCCCGAGGUUACGAAUGCAGCCGGCCGUGUCCUAGGUACGGCUGCGUACGCGGAGAGUACAGUAUCUACCACAAGCGGCCACGCUACGGGCAGCCCCGGCCUCAGCCGUUUACAAGGGAGUGCGCCUGCUAUUGCAGUGAGCCCACUAACGCUCCAAUGGAGAGACCAUGCCGCUACGACAUGCCGUGCAAGGCGCACUGCUUCAACCACGGCGCGUGCACGCGGCCCAGCGGGCGCUACGCGCGCACGGUGUGGUACCCCGGCGAGUGCAGCCCCGCCUGCCCGCCCUGCCAGACCUUCACGUGCCCCAGCCCACCCUUCCAUCCGUGCUGCUUCCAGACCUGCAACAAGUUCUGAGGCACAGGGGUAUCCUAUACAAAGGCUUAGCAUUGUGAGGUGAUGUGCGUCUGUAGCAUCGUUUUUAACGGUAGCUUCCUUGGACAAUGUUUAUAGAAAUAUGAACUUCCAGUUUCGUGUGACCAUGGAGUUUUGCGACUUAUAAUGAUUUAAAAUAAGUGUUUUUUGUUUUUGGGUAAUUAAAUGCCUGAUUAACA